AGUCGCUUCAAGCCGCUGGCUCAAGAGAUAGCCUGUGACCCCUUCUCGACUUCUAGAUUCUAGCACAGCCCAUGGAGGUGGUGGUCCAGGCCGCCAGCGAGGUGCCCCACGGCUGCUUCGUGGCUGUGCGCAUCGGCGAGCACCUCAAGCAGCGUCGCUUCAACAAGUCCUCGGCCACCUACAACUUCCCGGUGCCCGAGGAGAAGGCCAAGGCUCGCCUCGAUGUUUAUCAGUUGGUGGGGACCUGCUCGGUCCCGGUGGAUCCAGCCACGCCUGAGACCACGGAGGUGAGUGUGAUUGGCUCCGACCCCAACUCCGAAGUGGUGAAGUUGCGCGUCAGCACUGCCAGCAAGGAGGUGAAGCCGGAAGAAGCCCAGAAGCAACGUCAGGAGAUUGAGGCUGAAACGAAGGAUGCUGCCGUGGGAUACUUGUCGAAGCACGGCAUCGAGCAGAAGUUGACCGAGUGCUUGCGGACGGUCCUCAGGAUGAAGCCAGAGGACCCCAUCGAGUUCAUGUGCAAGUUCUUGUCUGGCGGGACGUUUGUGCCUGAGGCGCCAUCGGCAGAGACCAAACAGGGCCCUCCCAAGGAGACCAAACCUGCGCCGGAGGGCAGGCAGAAUGACCCGCCCAAGAAGGACGACUUCAACGAAGUGCAGCCUGUGGCACAGGACGCGCCUGUCCCCUUUGCGUUGAGGCCAUCAGUGGGAACCUGGUUGAUGCCCCGCAAGGAUCAGGAGUCCAAUGAGGCUGGAAGUUGGGUUUCCGCACCCAACAGCAGUUUCAACUUGAAGGGCUUGGGCCACACCUCCAUUGAGUGCUGUGAAGUGGAACGGCUCUUGACCAAGGCCUUGCUGGAAAUGGAUGGUGAGCUGCAAGGGGACUACUAUGCGCUUGGAUCACACCCACUGAAGCCAGGAGGCUUGAGCGCCUCCGAGAAGGACUCGCUGGGCUCGAAGAAGUUGUUGUUUGAGGCCAAGGACAUCGCCGGCCGAGGGAUCUAUGUCACCGAGAAGGAGGACUUGGCGUUGUGGAUCAACGCGGAGAAACACCUACAGAUCUUGGUGCAUCAAUCUGCGAAGUCGCUGUUGCCGCAGAAGAUUGACAUGGUGGUGUCCGCGCUGUCAGGCCCUUUGAUCCAAGAUGGUUAUACCUUGAGCCCUUAAAUUGGGCUCCCGCUCGCACGAGCAUUUUUCACCAGUGCCGCUGGAGGCCACUGGAGUCACAGAGCUCUUGCGCAUGCCGUGCGGAGAAACCGCGCAUGCAGAGUUCUGGUGGGUUUCACCGAGUGUGUUUUCGCCGUUCGAACAGCGUGGACGAGAGGAAGAAAGCGCCC